GGGAACCUCACCUUGCCCUUGCUUCUCAAUUUAUUACCUGGUCCUGUUAAUAUGGUUCCGAGGCUGACACCAUGCCGAUCUCAUACGCUUGGGGUCGAGGCUAUACUCCGGGCCCUGCAGAUCAAUCUAUCCCCCACCCAUCAGCUUCAUGAAAUAGGCUGCUAUGCUUCCGCAGGAUCCAUCCUAUCGGUGACAAUACGUUGCCUCACCCGGGAGUGCCGUUCCGUGGGCUCAUUGACGAGAAUGCGGAGUGCAGGACGGGACGUGCCUGCCAGACACACGUCUGGGAAGGUACCAGGCGUUAUUUAUGCCUCGCCAGUUUCCUGUGAAGACCUAAUGGGUUGAGAGGGAAAUUUGUCUUUUUUGGCCCAGCCUGACUCCGAGCCAGCUUGUCAGCCCCAGCAGCAUUGGAGCCAUGAAGUUUCUACGCCGCGCUGGGACGACCGCACUCGCGGCGUCGUUGUGCCUGCAACAAUGCGUCGCCCAGAUGACCGAGGGUUCCUACACCGACGCUGAGAGCGGCAUCAAGCUGAAGACCUGGACUGCCACCGAUGGGACCCCUUUCACCUUUGGUCUGGCCCUACCCUCCGACGCUGUGACAAAGGAUGCCACCGAGUACAUUGGUCUCUUACGCUGCCAACUCGCCACCGACACGUCGCCCGGGUGGUGCGGCAUCUCCCACGGCCAGUCCGGCCAGAUGACCCAGGCGCUGCUGCUCGUUGCGUGGGCAUCCGGAGAAACCGUCUACACCUCGUUCCGCUACGCCACGGGCUACACGCUGCCGGAUGUCUACACCGGCGACGCCAAGCUGACGCAGAUCUCGUCCAACGUGACGGCCACCGGCUUCGAACUGCUCUACCGAUGCGAGAACUGCUUCGCCUGGAACCAGGGCGGCACCAGCGGAAGCGUUUCAACCAGCCAAGGGAACCUUGUCCUCGGUCGCGCUGCCGCGAGGGAUGGUCUUGAAAAUCCCACGUGCCCGGACGAGGCCACCUUCGGGUUCCACGACAGCGGCUUUGGACAAUGGGGGGCGCCGCUCGAGGGCGCUGCUCAGGCGUCGUAUGCGCAGUGGACUGCGUUGGCUACGACCGUGCCGGAGACCACCUGCGGCGGCACCGGCGGCCCGGGCGCGCAAUGCAUUCCUGCUCCCGAAACAACAUACGACUACAUUGUCGUCGGUGCCGGAGCCGGCGGAAUUCCCGUGGCCGAUCGCCUCAGUCAAGCGGGCCACAAGGUGCUGCUGAUCGAAAAAGGACCGCCUUCGACCGGCAGGUGGAACGGCACCAUGAGGCCCAAGUGGCUUGAGGGUACUGGGCUCACGCGCUUCGAUGUUCCGGGGCUGUGCAACCAGAUCUGGGUCGAUUCUGCCGGCAUUGCCUGCACCGAUACCGACCAGAUGGCAGGCUGCGUCCUGGGUGGUGGAACUGCCGUCAACGCCGGUCUCUGGUGGAAGCCCCCUGCUAAGGACUGGGAUUACAACUUCCCCAACGGCUGGAAAUCCAAGGACCUCGCCGAUGCGACAAGGCGCGUCUUCCAGCGCAUUCCGGGCACCUGGCACCCGUCCAUGGACGGGAAGCUCUACCGACAAGAAGGAUACGAGAUUCUCACCAGCGGGCUCUCCAAAUCCGGUUGGAAGUCGAUCGUUGCCAACGACGUGCCAAACCAGAAGAACCGCACCUUUUCCCACACCCACUUCAUGUUUGCGGGCGGCGAGAGAAACGGCCCGCUGGCGACGUACCUCGUUUCGGCUGACGCGCGGAGCAACUUUGAUCUGUGGACAAACACGGCUGUCAGAAGAGCCGUUCGUACUGGCAGCAAGGUGACCGGCGUUGAGCUGGAGUGCCUGAGCAAUGGCGGUCUCUCGGGGACCGUCAAGAUCAAACCCAAGGGCGGCGUCAUCUUCUCGGCUGGUGCUUUCGGCUCGGCCAAACUACUCCUCCGCAGCGGUAUCGGUCCCGAGGAUCAGCUCGAAGUUGUCGCGAGCUCCAAGGACGGCGCCACCUUCACACCCAAGGCUGAGUGGAUCAAGCUCCCUGUCGGCUACAACUUGAUCGACCAUCUCAACACCGACCUCAUCAUCACCCACCCGAACGUCGUCUUCUAUGACUUUUAUGAGGCAUGGAACACGCCCAACCCGAGCGACAAGGACUUGUACCUGAAGAAGAGGUCCGGUAUUCUUGCGCAGGCGGCGCCAAACAUCGGCCCAAUGAUGUGGGAGGAGGUCACCCCCUCGGACGGUAUUGUCCGGCAGUUCCAGUGGACUGCCCGAGUGGAAGGCGAUGGCCGGUUUACAAACGACACGACCCACGCCAUGACGCUCAGCCAGUACCUCGGCCGCGGCGUCGUAUCGCGCGGCCGCAUGACCAUCACCCCGGGCCUGGCAACGGCCGUGACGGAGCACCCGUACCUCCACAACGCCGGCGACAAGGAGGCUGUAAUCCAGGGCAUCAAGAACCUGCAAACUGCGCUAAACGUGAUUCCCAACAUCACCUGGGUCCUGCCCCCGCCUAGCGGCACGGUUGAGGACUACGUCAAUGGCCUCCUGGUUUCCCCUUCCAAUCGACGCUCCAACCACUGGAUGGGCACGGCCAAGCUGGGCACCGACGACGGGCGGACGGGCGGCACGUCGGUGGUGGACUUGAAUACUAAAGUGUAUGGGACGGACAACCUCUUUGUGGUGGAUGCGUCCAUCUUCCCGGGCAUGACGACAGGCAACCCGUCGGCCAUGAUCGUGAUCGCGGCGGAGCAGGCGGCGACCAGGAUUCUGAGGUUGAGGAAAUGA